AUGAUUUACUGGGAGGAUGAUGUCGACAUUCAUAAGAUUCUUCAUUUCGAGGGUGAUGUGUACACUUAUUGGGAGGGUGAGGUCGACGUUGGUGUCAGUAAUGAGUUGCGUUUGUGGGUUUUAGAGGAUGUAGAGAAACAGGAAUGGUCGAAACAUGCCUACACUUGGACCGAUGAUAAAUUCUUCCGUCACCAAGUUUCCUUCGCUGGAUCGACCGCUUCGGGUGAAAUAGUGUUUUCGAUGCGCAAGUAUACAUGUGGACAACCCUUUUAUGUCUUCUACUUCAAUCCCGAGAGGAACACUCUCCGACGUGUUGAAAUCCAAGGUUUUGGUGAAGGGUUUAAGAAACCUUGUAGCGUUCGCACCUUUGUAAACCACGUCGAGGAUCCUACUGUUAAGGAUUUAGAACUGCUCAAGUCAAUCCCUGCUCCGUUUGGGGAUACAGAUAGUUCAGGCACAGAUUCAGAUGAAUCAGACAGAGAGGGUUAG